GGCGUGAUCGAACGCAGUCUGCAAAUAUCUCGGGGAGAAACGGACCGAAAGUAAGGAGAACGGAGAAGACAUGGAGAAGAAGAAGACGACGAGCUCCUACGGCGACACAGCCAAAGACAGAGUGAACAGGGUGGAUCCAUACGGCUUUGAGCGUCCAGAAGACUUUGACUAUGAGUCCUAUGAAGAGAUGAUGUCCGAGUAUCUUGUUGUGCUCACUCAAAGGUCCAUCAAGUGGUCCAAACUACUGCAGAGCAAACGCAAGGUGCAGAGGAACGUGAAAUUGAAGCGUUACAUACGCAAGGGGAUACCCAAUGAGCACCGGGCUCUGAUUUGGAUGGCGGCGAGCGGAGCUCAAGAGCAGUUGGAGAAAAACCCAGGCUACUACCAGGUUCUGCUCAAAGCCCAACAUGACCCCAAACUGGUGGAGACCAUCUGCACAGACUUGAACAGAACAUUUCCUGACAACGUGCAGUUCCGAAAGACAUCUAACCCGUGUCUGCAGAAGUCUUUGUCCAAUGUGCUGCGGGCUUACGGUCACCACAAUGCCGCUGUGGGUUAUUGUCAGGGCAUGAAUUUUAUAGCUGGGUAUCUGCUCAUUAUAACAAAAGAUGAAGAGAAGUCUUUCUGGCUGAUGGACGCGCUCCUCGGUAGGAUCUUACCAGACUACUACAGUCCAGCUAUGCUCGGCUUGAAGAUAGACCAGGAGGUGUUGGGGGAGUUGGUCCGAGUCAAGUCCCCCGGAGUCUGGAAGGCCAUGAUGGAUCACAACGUCAUGUGGACUCUUGUGGUGUCCCGAUGGUUCAUCUGCCUCUUCAUAGACAUUCUUCCUGUGGAGACGGUUCUACGGAUUUGGGAUUGCCUGUUCUACGAGGGCUCGAAAAUUCUUUUCCGCGUGGCACUGACGCUGAUCCAUCACUCCAGAGUUCAAAUUGAAGAAGCUCAGUCCUUGCCGGAUAUAUGCCAAAUUUUUAAGGAGAUCACGCGCGGAGCGUUUGUGGAGGAAUGCCACCCGUUCAUGCAGAAAAUCUUUACUGAACCUGGAAGUCUACCCAUUGCAACGUUGACCAAACUCAGAGCAGCGUGUCGAACGCAAAUUACGGCUGAGGAGGCAAAAUGAGUUUUGUUUGCUCGUGCACAUUUGAAAAUUUCACUGAAGGACCAAACGACUUGUUUCACCUUCACCUCCAUGUAUUGAUUUCGUCGUCAUCAUUUCACCGUUACGUAAAUGGAAUAGUAUGUGAUAUUUAUUACUAUGUGAAUGUAACACUAUCUUUUUAGUUUACACAUUAUUGUGAUUUGUUUCUUGUUUUUGAGAAUGUUACUCUGGAACCAGUCAAAAUCCAGGUUUCAUUUAUUUCUUUGUUUUGUACACUUUGAGCACGCUCAAGUCCCGUUACUAUCACGUCUGCCUGUUUUUUUUUUCUUCUUUCACAAGUCACCAAGAUACGCAAACAACUUUUAGAUGCAUAGGUCGUUUUACAUUCAAUUGAAAUCUGCAAGGGUUCAUUUGACUUACAUUUCCCCUGAGGUCCACAAAGUUGGAAGUCCGGUGCUGAAUCUUUCCAAGUCCAAUGGCUGGGCGAGGACUUUUCUUUUUUUUCCACAUCCAUUCCUGUGUAAACAUUGUCGAAAUAAACAAUGAUAAACUGCAUUUCGAACAUUUUCACCUCCGGCUAAGUCAUAUUUUCAAAUGACACCACAUUGUUUACAAACUCCAAAGGGGUAUAUUCAAAAGGAAUCACCACCCAAAUGUUUAUUGUUUUAGUUGUAUGCACAAUGCAAAAAAAAAAAAAAGACUUAAAAGCAUUUUCUAUAAAAAUAAAGAUUAAAUCACUCACUAGUUUCUUUGAACACUUUUUUUUGGAGUUGAGGAUAUCAGCAAGACAA